UGAUUUAAAACCUGGUCCCUGUAAUAAAGUUACUGCGCCAUAUUAUUCCAGUUAGCUAGAUUAGCCAGGUUUGGGCGUGAAAGGAUGAAGCUGAUGGCUAGCUUGCCUGCUAGUGCUAGCUAGUGUCAUAGCCUCUGUUACCAUACGUGUGUGUGUGUGUGUGUGUGUGUGUGUGUGAGAGAGAGAGAGAGAGAGUGAAAACUAACGGAACAAACCCCUGGGAUGCAGCUCAUAACAUUCCUUCACUUCUUGGGGUGGGGCAGUGUUUGAUUUAGAAGGCAAAGGUUUAACUUCCAAUAUUACCCUGCAAGGUCAACGUAUUUACAUGCACAGAGUGAGAAAACAUGAGUACAGGGAAGCCAAGUGGUCUCAAACCACCUACUAAGAUCAGUAGGCCUAGCUCUGUACCAACCAAAACCUCCCCUCCCACAGCCAAAGCUCCAGUUGGUAAUGAUUCAGCAGCAGAGUUUACUGUCGGUGAACGUGUAUGGGUGAACGGUAAUAAGCCAGGAUAUGUUCAGUUUGUUGGUGGAACCCAGUUUGCACCAGGCCAGUGGGCAGGCAUUGUUUUGGAUGAUCCUAUAGGAAAGAACGAUGGCUCUGUCGCAGGAGUGCGCUACUUCCAGUGCGAGGACUUGCGAGGCAUCUUCACCCGGCCUUCCAAACUGUCCCGGACUCCUCUUCCGGAGUGUGAGGCCAAUGGUGCACCAUCUUCCACCAACCAGGUUUCUUCUGCUGUCAUUCCAAAUGCUGCUGCCGAUGAAGGUCAAGCAGCUACCGCUACAAAGACCUCAACAAACCUGGCCACAGCGGCCAGCGGUUCUGUCUCUAACCUGUCUGAGACAGAUUCGACCAUGAAGGGAAAACGGGAGAUGAAGCUAGGCGAUCGUGUACUGAUUGGGGGAACGAAGGCAGGUGUUGUGCGAUUUCUGGGUGAGACUGAUUUCGCUAAAGGUGAAUGGUGUGGGGUGGAGCUUGAUGAGCCGCUUGGGAAGAAUGAUGGCGCAGUGGCUGGUUCCAGGUAUUUUCAGUGUCUACCAAAGUACGGUCUGUUUGCUCCAACACAUAAAGUGACUCGCAUUGGCUUCCCGUCCACCACCAAAGCCAAAAACUCAAGGCGCCAUUCUACUCUGCAGCAUAGCCCCAGCGCCUCUUCAGUCAGCUCACUGAGCUCAGUCACUUCUUCUGUAGGGGGAAAACCCAGUCGCGCAGGCCUGCUGACGGAGACCUCAUCUCGCUAUGCAAGAAAGAUCUCUGGGACCACAGCCUUGCUGGAGGCUCUGAAGGAGAAACAGCAGCACAUUGAACAACUCCUGGCUGAGAGGGAUCUAGAGAGAACAGAAGUGGCUAAGGCAACCUGCCAUGCUGGAGAGGUGCAGCAGGAGUUGGCCUUGCUCAGAAAAGGCCAGGAGCAGUAUGUUCUUGAAAUGGAGGCAAAACUAGACCAGCUACGCAGGCUUGUGGAGACGGCAGACAGGGAAAAAGUGGAGUUGUUAAAUCAGCUCGAAGAGGAAAAAAGGAAGGUAGAAGAUCUUCAAUUCCGUGUAGAAGAAGCUUAUAUUACCAAAGGUGACUUAGAGACGCAGACCAAACUGGAGCAUGCCCACAUUAAGGAGCUUGAACAGAGCCUUCUCUUUGAAAAGACCAAAGCUGAUAAACUCCAGAGGGAGUUAGAGGAUACUAGGGUGGCCACAGUAUCUGAGAGGUCCCGGAUCAUGGAGUUGGAGAAGGAAGUGUCAGAGUUGCAGCUACGCCUGCGAUCUCAGCGAGCAGAAGCUGGAUCAGGCUCACCUCCAUUACAGGACAAAAAGGUUAGGGAGCUGAGCAAUGAGCUGGAGGCAAGACACAAGGAGGUAUUGCUCCUUCAGCAGAGACUCACUUCCUCUCAUCAGGAGAACGCCUCCCUUCAGAAUCAGCAGGAGGAUUUGAAAAAAAAACUUGAUACAGAAGCUGAAGAAAGAAAAAAAAUUGCACUCUCCUUACAAGAAAUGCAGAAAAGCAUGCAGGCAGACAAGGAACAACUGGAGCAAAUGCACAGUGAAAGGCAGAAGCUGGAGGAGGAGACAGCCUCCAGGCAACAGCAGGAGCAGCAGCGUAACGAGGAGCACGAACAGCGGGAGACGGAGCUGCAGGAGAAACUAGGCAGAGCAGAGCAGGAGCUGAGAAAAGUGAAGGAAAGGACUGCAGAGCUGGAGCAGAAGGUGGUUGAGCUACAGAUGUUCAAGGACAAAACCCAGAAUAUCCAGUCUGCAGACGCUUUGGAACAACUAAAACAAAGAAAUCAGCAGCUGCACCAGGAGCUUGAAACCCUGAAGCAGCAAAACUCCAAUUAUCAGGGGGAACUUAGUGUGUGCAAGCAGCAGCUCAGUUCUGAGAACCAGCGCAUUGGAAGCCUGUGCAAAGAAAUUGAGGAGCUGAAUCUGGAAGCCAGCCAGAAGUCAAUGAGGCUUGUGGCCCUUCAGGAAGAAAAUGGGAAGUUGUUUCAAAAGCUAGGCAGCAGCCAGAAGCUCAGAAGUGAGCAUCCGACUCCAGACAACCAGUCGGAGAUUAAAGAGAGGGAAAACUUCAACACUUUGAUAUCCGAGAAGGACAAAGAAUUAGAAGCGUUAAGAAAUGAGAUUGCAGUGCUGCGUGGAGAGAACGCUGUGGCUAAAACUCUCCAGGCUGCGGUGGACUCUCUGGAGCGGGACAAGGUGAAGCUCCAGAGCAGAGUGCACAGUCUUGAACAGAAGCUGGAGGGCAAACAGAAUGAGGACCAGGAAGAGAAUUCCUCAGGUGAUGCAGCUAUAAGCCAGCUUAGAGAAGAGAAGGAGUUCGCUGAAGGACAGAUCAACUUCCUCAACUCGGUCAUCGUCGAUCUUCAGAGAAAGAAUGAGGAGCUGAAGGUGAAGCUGAAGAAAUUGGCCUUGGCUGAGUUCAAUGGGAACGAUGAAAAUGACGGUUUGGGCGAGCUCAAGAAGAAGAAGAAGAAAGCGCCGCCACGUGUCUUCUGUGACAUCUGUGACUAUUUUGACCUACAUGAUACAGAAGACUGUCCCACCCAAAUGCAGUCCCCUGACUCACCUCCUCACAGCACGCAUCACGGUAGCCGUGGAGGAGAACGGCCCUACUGCGACAUCUGCGAGGCAUUCGGUCACCGGACAGAUUCCUGUAACGACGACCAGACCUUUUAAACCACUGACGUUCCACAUUUUAAAAAGCAGGCAAGGCAGAAAAUAUUUUGACGUAGAUAAGCUCUUAUUUUUGUAAGCUUGAUUAGAAGCAAGAAGGUAAACGUGGGAUGUCCUGCUUUUGUGUGAUUAAUAUCGUUUUGCGUAUAGCGUAGAUCAUGUUUUGACAGAGAUUCCGGGACCUCUUUGUGGUAAACGAACACUUAUCACAGACACGUGGAAGCUUUCGCGCCAAAAGACGUUUAAAGCCGACCGAUAAAUAAGUAAAUUAUUGCACUGCUCACUUUAAAUGCAUUCCUUGUUACAUAAUAAGCACAUAUUUUUAACUGCCACUUGUCUAAGUUAUUCUUUUAUAUCAAAUGUCAAAAACAGGUAGAUUAACACUCUGUCUUGAAUGGCUUUUUAAACGUUUUUACAUUGUGUACUAAAAUGAUUAAAACACAACUUUGCAUCCAAUUCCAUGAAUAUGUAUAGCAGUAAUAUUUAUAUCAAAGAUAGUGUUUACAAAUUAACUUGGACCCCCCCCCCCCAAUAAAUAAAUAAAAUAAAUAAAAUAAAUAAAUAAAAAUGAUUUUCGGGUUCUGCAAUUGCACAUUAUGCAAAAAUAACUGUAUGUUAUGUUUUGGGCAUUUUUGCUUUGAGAUCGUAUGUACACAACAGGCCAAAAGUAUUGAAACUGAGCUCUCUCGUUAAUCAGCAACGAAAUCAGAACCAUACCAGCGUAAACCUCAUGAAAAUAUGCAUUGAAUGUGUCUGUGACUAGAGCUAAAGUAGACGAUAACGAUAAUGUUGAAUUGAAGAAAUCUGAUGCACUGUACCGAUGUACAACAAUGCUGCAGACCUUUCUGUCUUUUGGUACUGUAACAUAUUUGUCAGUUAUCUCUAUCCAUUUAUAAUCCUGCUUCCAUGCUUGUGGCCUGUGGUGUCUCUCAUUGUACACUAGGUGUUUCUAAUAACAGCAAAAGAUGAUUAACUAGUAUCCUAACGUUGAACAGUCUGUAAUUAUUAUUGUACCGUUCCUGAAGUGUAUACGCACUAAUUCUAUAUAUAAAUCAUAACGAACGAA